GGUACACACCCAAAAAGACUGGAUCUUUAGUGCUCUGAUGAAUCUUUUUCUUUUUUACACUUCUAUUUUUCUUCCCUUUUAUAAUUGUCCACAUACCUUGCCUGCACAUAUUAUCAUUGCUCUCCCCAUUUCUCCAUUCAAAGAUCCAUUCUUUCAUUUCUUUAUUUUUUCCCCAUUGACCAUACCUGAAAAAAAAAGAGACUUGUGUGCUCCCCAGUCUCUCUGCAUGUCUUUGGAGAAAAGGGAAUUACUUUGCUUUGCUUUUCAGAUUCUUGGGGUUCAAAGAGUGACAGUUUCUUGGUGUAAAGGAAACUACAGUUACCCAAAAUACCCUCUGAAUGUAUGAUAAGAAAAAAGGGUAAAGAAUCUUGAGUGGGAGAGUAAUGAUGGGAGAAGCGUAUGAAGAAGAAGAUGGAUUUGCAGAGAACCUAAGAGAGAAACUUGCAGUUGCAGUUAGAGAUAUUGAAUGGAGCUAUGCUAUUUUUUGGUCAUUUUCCUCUUCCCAGCCUGGGGUUGUGGAAUGGGGAGAUGGGUACUACAAUGGAGAUAUAAAGACGCGGAGGACGGUUCAGGCAACAGAGGAAACGAGUGUUGAUGACGUGUUGGGAUUGCAGAGGACUCAACAGUUACGAGAGCUUUACGAGUCUCUCUUAGCUGGCGAGCCCAACCCGCAGUCCAAGAUCCAUUCUUCGGUCGCCCUCUCGCCCGAAGACCUAACCGAUACGGAGUGGUAUUUCUUGGUCUGCAUGUCCUUCAUGUUCAACCUUGGCCAAGGGUUGCCCGGGAGAGCGUUGGCGAAGAACCAAAGCAUUUGGCUGUGCAACGCGCACCAAGCGGACAGUAAAAUCUUCAGCCGAUCGUUACUCGCCAAGAGUGCAUCCAUUCAGACAGUUGUAUGUUUUCCAUACUUGGGAGGUGCAAUUGAGCUGGGAGCUACUGACCUUGUAUCAGAAGACCUCAACCUCAUUCAUCACAUCAGGACUUCAUAUCUGGACAAUGGCAGCUCCAUUGUCGUCUCCAAGCUUCCAGAUUCCUUCCCGGAAAACGGCGUAAAUUACGACGCCGGCGACAUUGAGCUUGAUUUUCCGCCGCUAGAUCUGGACUGCGAUGGCGACAACAAUGAGAUCGGUUCGCCUUACAAGCAUUCAAACGAUUCGUUCCUGGCUGAAGAAAUCCACGCGGAAGUUUCGCAGUUACAGAACUGGAGAUUCGACGACGAGGAUAUAAUCAUCGGAAAUUGCAUCCACAACAAUUCUGGAAAUUCCAGCGACUGCAUCUCCCAGAACUAUGUGAAUUGGCACUAUUCCGAGCAGCAGCCGCCGGGAAUCGACGUUCAUUAUCAAUCCGUUGUUUCGAACGUUCUCCAGAAUUCUCACCAGUUGAUUCUCGGACCGAAUUUCAGCAGGAGCGGGGGCGGCUGCUCGUCAAGCUUUGUAACUUGGAAGAAGGGAGUUUCAUCUCAGAGCAGAACUGGUGCUACGCCACAGAGGAUCCUGAAGAAGGUUCUCAUGGAUGUUGGCAGGAUGCACGGAUGCUGUUCGAGGGAAAGCCAGAAAGAGGAUGUGACUUGUAGGCCUCUUGAAGGGGAGGAAACUGAUAGGAGCCGCGUUCUGUCGGAGCGGAGGCGUAGGGAGAAGCUGAAUGAGAGAUUUACAAUUCUUUCAUCUUUGAUUCCCACUAGCUGCAAGGUUGACAAGAUAUCUAUACUUGAUGAGACGAUUGAGUAUCUGAAAGACCUUGAAAGAAGAGUUAGAGAAGUUGAAUCUCACAAGGAAACAUUCGAGUUGGAAGAAAGAAGAACUCGGGGAGAGUCUUGUGAUAAUGACAAAGAUGGUGAUGGCAAUGUGGAGAGACCAUCUGAUAAUUGUGACGCUAAUGGAGGAUCCAAUAAAGGCAAGAAGUCAUUGCCGAGGAAGAGGAAGAAGGUGGGUGAUACGGGGGGAAACUCACACGACAACUCUAAGGGUCCUGCCAAGCGCGGCGUAAAGGUUGACAUGGUUGAUGAGAACGUUACAAUAGAGAUGAGGUGCUUUUGGAGCGAUGGAAAGUUAACAAAGAUUAUUGAGGCAUUGGACCAUCUGCAUUUGGUUUGCCAUGGCAUGCAAUCCUCCAACAGUGAUGGGAUUCUUUGUGUGACUGUUAAUGCCAAGAUGGAGGAGUCAAAAGCCACACCAACAGCUCUAAUUAGACAAGCACUGCAAAGACUGAUCUGAUCCAUCUUGACAAUAGUAAUUUUCAUCCGAGGGUCUCUGUGGCAAACUUUUGGUUCAUCUUUUUAUGCAUAGUGACUGGUGAGUGCAAUUGCUGAUCUUUCUGCAACUUGGGCUUGUUUAGUUAGUGAAAGAGCCUUUUCUGGAAAUGUUAUUUCUUUUUUGGGUUGUAAAAAGAGGUUAGCUAUGAGAAUAUCUCUUUGUAAGACUCAAAAGAAAGAAAUAUCUCUUUGUAAAAAUAAAUGAAUAAAAGUUCUAUGGUUAG